AUGAAGGAAGUCGGAACACACCGUAAUAUUGUGAGCAUGCUCGGCUACUGGAUCCAAUCACCUCCCAUUAUGUUAAUCAUGGAAUAUGUUCCAAACGGAGAUCUUCUACAGUGGCUCAGAAACAAAAGGCAACAGGUAUCAUUACUUUAUCAGCUGUAUCAAUAAAUAUUUGCUGCCCUCUUUUUUGCUUUUUGUUUAAAAAAUACCUGCUUGCCAUUUGGAAUAGCGCUGCGCACAGGUAUUAUUUAUAGAGCUCAAACUCAGACAAACAAAUUCCUCAUUUUGGUUUGUUUUUUUUUUGGUCAUUAAAAUGUCACGCUUGUCUGACUUUUGUCAUGAAAAUAACAAAAAUGGCAGAUUUCAGACAAACAUUGCAAAUUAGUCACUCUGACGUCAUUAGUAUUCUGUGCUGUACUUUAAUUUUCUAAAUGACUAUCCUGCUGCGUGUGUAUGUUCUUUUUCUUACAUUGUGAGGUCUCUUAGGGCAGAAGCAAAAUCCUCUAUCUCAUCACACGUCUAAAAACCCUUGUCUUCAGUAAAAAUAAUAACAUGCUAAAAAACUUGUUGUGAACUUUUGUACAUGUUAGCUAUACUUUAAGUUGUCAAAGACAGAGGUGCACUUAAAAAUGUAGAUCAAUGCAAUCUGAUAUUCGUAUUUUUCCAAACGCAGUUUAUAUCUGCAGCCAGAUCUUCUUCUGUUUAAAUGCUAUUCAUGUAUUCGGAAAACAAAGAUCGGUAAAUACGCAAAAAUUUGUGUUCAACACUGAGUUAAUUAAGUCAAGUUUGCCCCGGUAGGAACAGUUAAGAUUUCUGGAAAACUGCCCACCUAUCGCUUCCCUAAGCCACAUUUUGCCCUAAGUGAGAAGGUAGUGUUGAUGUUGUCUUAGGGGAGGGGUAGGUGGUCAGAAAAGAAAAAAAAUAACCUUGACGUUUUGAGCGUUUCCCCCAGGGUGUACUCCAGCUCGAUAGGAUGCCGAUCUCCAUCCUUAAAUAUGAUAUCCUUGUUGCCCUUAAUGGCGCAGUGUUGCCGAUGUGAUCUUUAGAUAGGGUACCGUUAUUCUAUCGGGUAAAACUCACGUUCGUUAAUGCCCUACACACGAGAAGCAAGUGAACUUUACCCUAGAGCUGAUUAGGAGCACGAUUUAAGGAAGUUUUUUUUCUGUUUCCCUUAAUUCUUAGGUUUUGUUUUUCCCUUGAACUAGGCCUCAUUUUCCAUGUUUGAGUCUUCAAUAAGAUAUUGGUUUUCGCUUGUCUCAACUAUUCGAAAUUUUUUUAAACUUCACGAACAUCGAGGCGGCUAUUGGAGAAAAAAGCUCCCGCAAACGAUUUUGGAAGAACAGUUCCCAGUGCCGAGAAAUACUGCUGCAAGUGAAAUAGGUAAUAGCGUCAUUUCGUUGCUAUGACAACUCCGGCGUCAUUGCAACCUUGAUCAUAACAAAUUUCAUCUUUAUCUAAUACAACAGUGGUGGCAAUUUUUCCAAAUCUUUGUUUAUGGCGACGUAGUUUAUGCUCAAACUUGCGAGGUAUUGACCCUGAAAAACUGUAUCGAGCCACCUUAAAAAGCCCAUUAUAAUAUUUUUGUGUAGAUAAUAAUUGGCCGUCCCGAGGCCCUGUACGAGACAUGACGUCACAAGGUCAAACCAAAUAUCAAGAAACACUUGUCGCGUUUUUGAGACUGUGUAUCUUAAAAUGUCAUAGAAAAUUGUAACAAAGCAGGAGAAAUGCUUAGUUUCUAUUGCAGUUUAAUCCAUUUGAAUUUUCCGUGGACUAUUUAGAGAAGGGGGCUCACAAGGUAUUCCCACCUAGAUUUUCAGUUAAACUUCGUUUAAGUAAUCUUUCAAUUCUUAGAGAUUCCUUUUAAAUGGGCAAAAAUAUUUCGGCUAACCAACUGAUGGUGUUGAAGUUGUUUCUGCUGAAAGAACGGUUUCAUAACCAGACGGAAUUCAUUUCAGUAUUUUUUUUGCAGCUUACAAUGAAAAAGAGUCGUCAAAGUGAUGUCGUUGAAAGGCUCAAGCUUCCUGUUCCUGAGUUGCCGAAAUUAGUGUCCAGGGACCUGCAAACAAAAGAUGUCCUGGAUGAAAACCUGAAAGAGGAGAACAGAGAAAGAAAUAAGGAAGAAUGUGAAAAAGGAGGUGUUUAUCAUUCCAGCGAGGCGAAGGAAAUUAAAAUCGACCUGGACGACGAUGAAAAAGGAGUUCUAAUCAACGAAGCGCCUCAAUCUGAGAUGGAACCUCCUUGCUUAAACCUGGGUUACGAAGAUGACAAGCAGGAAGAAGAAAGCGACGAUGUCAACCCGUCACGUGCACAGACCGAAGGGCAAAAUUGGCCGGUUGCGUCGGUGAUGGUAUUACCUUCGAUCAAUAUUGCCCAUUUCUUCAAAGAAAAAGAGCUCACUCCUGCUGAACCUUUAAGAAACGCCAAAGAAAAUAUCACCAUCGAGAAAGAAGAAGGCAGCUGUGAGGGCAAGGAAGAUGACGAAGAACGCAUUUCUGGAAAAGAAGUUCUAUGUUAUUCAUGGCAGAUUGCUAAGGGGAUGGUAAGAACUUUUUCGACUGAAGAAUGCCUUAAGCAAUUUAGUCAUCGUUUGCGAAUCACAAAAAUCUGCCUCUUUCCCGUAUCAUGUUUAAAAUACUGUAUUACUAGUUUUUCUGUGUCUACAAGUAUAUGCUAUCUGGUCAUUAGACGGCAGAUUUUUCAAGCAUUCAUAUUGCUGCGUUAAUUAUAAAAGCUAUUAAUUAUUGUUAAUUGCUUGAUCUUGCUGGAUUUUUUGGGAAACAUAACACGUAUAAAAUUGAGCCGUUUGAUUGUAAAAAAAGGCCAAAAAAACGAUUUUUUUUAAUAGCCCGAGAGGCCUAAAAAUCACAUGGAGCCGUUUGUGAAGGUACCUAUUGAAAUUUAAUCAGGUCUGUUCAUAGUUUCGAAAAGGUGUCUUAUGAAUAUAGUCAUAUGACCGGAAUAAGACUUAACUAUCAGUUAUUUUAUUUGCAUUGAUCAACGAAGCUUAACAUUCAUGCCAGAACAGGAAAUAAAGGGCAGGGAAAGAAAUAAACAAAUUAAAAGCAGAGGAAAGAAAAAGCAAUGAUUAAAUUUGUUUUCGGGACUGGAUGAGCAGCAAGGACAAGAUAAAUACUACCGUAAUGGGAAAAUUGGAAAGCACAAUAAAAGGUCUGCAAGUGGAACUGAUGGCUGAAGGGAUUGCUUUUCGUAAACGGCCACCAUGAUCAUGGCUCAAUUGAUAUAUCUGAUGGCUCAGCUGUAAUUUUUAUUUUUCAGCCAAUAUUCGUCCCUUCGAGUUAUCGAGGGUAAGAUUGUGUAAAAGUGAUCUGAAGAAAAACAAAAAUUACUUCGGGUUAGCAGGAAUUUUGAGUUAUCGAGGGUUCGAGUUACUGAUCAAGGUUAAAAUUACAGUAAAUUGAAGAAGGAAACCCUGGGGAAAUCGAUUCGAGUCAGCGCAAGGUUCGAGUUAGCGAAGGUUGAAGUCGACUGUAGCUAGUUCACUUAGCUUGUUCAACUUUGACGGCUUUUUGUGCUGAAAGUUAUGCGGCGCGAGGAUUACUUAGCCAAUUACUUAAUUUUUUCAUUCGUUUUCCAACAACUGUAACGGAAAUCCUCCCUCCAUUCUUCAAGAAUAAUUGAAAUAUGCGCGACAGUGUCAAAGGCACAUAACCGACGAUCAGUUUUCCUCCCGCUUUCUAGCCUGUUCCAGGCGUUCAGAUGGUAGAGCGCGGGAGAAAAAUUCACGAAGAAAAAAAAAACGAAAGGGGAAGGGGGAGAGAACGCCUGUAAACAUUCCCUUACAGAGCUCUUUCCGCCUUUAAUUGACCGCCGACCGCGUAACUGUGACGUGAAUUACAAAGUGCUGACAGGCCAGACGCGACCCAUAAGCUCGUGAUAGUGUGAAACGUGACCUUUCAAUAAACAACAUCAGAGGUUUUUCUUCUUUUAACUAAGCAAAUCUAAUUUCUGUCGCUCUGGGCCUAACAUUUAGACGGUCAGUCAUGCAUACUGGGCAAUUAUUUCCUGAGGUUUGUUUCUGAAAGAAUUUGAUUCCAGAUGCAGUUAAGUACUGAUUUUCUUUGACCUCUAUUAAAGCAUUAAUCUGUUUAUUGCGGCUAAAUAACCUUUCAAAUAAGAUUUUUUUUUUGCCUUUCUGGGCUUCCAUAAAUGAUCUCACACGUACACCUUCCUUUCACAUUGCCGUGUCUUCGUCCAUGCCUUCCUCCUAUCCCCAACCUAUGGGUGUUGUUGCUGUUAUUCCAAAUAGCUUGAGCUUGGUUUCAUUAUGGAUACGAGAGGCGCAACGAUGAUGAUCGUGGAAAUUGACUCGCUAACGUUUCCUUUGAUUACGUUUAUUAUUCGAGGAAAAAGUAAAAAAAUGAAAGUCUCCGAGAGCCCGUUGGAAGAAUCGCGAAAGCCUCCUGGCCUCGGCGAACGAGAUUCAAGCAAAUGUUCUGCUCUUCACGAAAAGAUUCCGCAUACAGGAAAUGCUCGAUUGCAUUGUUUAUAGCCGAGCUUCGAUGUCCGCGUGAUUCGAUAACAGAUGUCUCUCUCCCUCCAUAUCGCUUUCCUCAUCAAUGUCACCAGUGCUCGAGUGUUAACAGAAGGUGUCAUAAUCGACCAAUAAGAGGGUAUACUGGAAUCCAGUAUACCGGAACGACCAGUUUGUUAAUAAUGUUUACAGGCGUUCUCUCGCUCUCGCCCCCACCCCGCCCGUUUCCCCGAUGUACAACUUAACUCGCUCCCCACUUACCGCCGCGCUCUACUAUCUGAACGCCUGGAACAGGCUACCCGCUAUCCAGACCGUUUGCCUGGCACAGCUUGUAGUGUCCUCAGAUAGUAGGGAUGUCACUUAAGUGUAAGGCACGCAAAAAUAUGAGCUCGUGAUCUAGGAAAAAGAGGGCGGCGGAGGGCUAUCUUUGAGCCUGAAACAGGCGUUUCAUUGCACUUGGUUGCUUUUCCCCCAAAUCGUUAAAUCGGGAGUUCGUUUACAACGAUAACCCGAUUAAACGAUAUGAUUUUGCAAUCCCCGUAAAAUCGAGGCUCUGUAGUUUUACUUUCAUUUGACCUAUCAAAUAUAAAUUUGCGUUGAUCUUAAGGUAUCUGUUACUAAAAAUUGUUUGAGAAUUAAUUUUCCGAUUAUUUCUCUGCCAGGAAUACUUGGCCAGCAAAGGAUUCAUUCAUCGUGAUCUGGCAGCCCGUAAUAUCCUACUUGGUGAAGACAGAAUGGUAAAGAUUGCUGAUUUCGGAUUGUUACGCCACACAAAUGAGAGUGGGAUUUGCGAAGUGACGAGCGUAAACAAGCUAUCGAUGAAAUGGAUGGCACCUGAAGCGUUGGAAAGUGGCAUUUUUACAUUCAAGACUGACGUGUAAGUUUAUGUCAAUGCGGUCUCUGUUAGGCCAAGCUUGGGUUACCUGUGAUGCUGUGUGACUUUGUAGUUUGCCAGUAGUGCAUUGAGGUUCUCGAUAUCAAAGACCCUGCAAUGUACUGUUUAGAAUAAAUAAAUAGCUAAAGAUAGGCAGAAUUUUGGUCAUAGCAGUCUGUCUAUAGCGGCAGUUAGGAUAGCAGUCAUUAUCACGACACUGUAUCUCUUGAGAAAUAUUCUGGGACGUGGAAAAUAUAGCCUGUUCAGGCGUAUCAACAUGAAAAAAAAUAAUAAUAAAAAUAAUUAAAUAAAUAAAUAAAUAGAAACGUUUAGCUGGUCUUGGAUCCGGGAUUCCAGAUACUAGAUUCAGGAUUCCAACCCAGUGUAUUCUGGAUUUCAAAAAGAGCUUAAUUCCAGAUUUUAGUCGUUAGCAGGAUUCCGGAUUCCAAUCUGGAUUCCGGAUUCCAAUGUUCAUUCAAUCCGGAGUUCGCGAGCAAAAAUUUACCCUCACGGAUUACGUUCAGUGGUGCCAGGUUAACAAAGGUUUUUGUUUUCCUUCCCGAAUUUGUUAUUUAUAUGAAUUUAACCGUUGCUAUUUCUUUAUCUGCUUCCUUUUAUUGCAGAUGGUCUUUUGGAAUUGUUCUGUGGGAACUAGCCACCAUGGGUAAGCUGGUUUUUUUAAAAACCUUUGUAUAUUUAAGCACGUAAAUUUUACGAGCAUGAAUAAAAUAGAGCCAAAGUAUGGAAGGUCGCACAUACACGUAAAUUUUAAGUUGAAUCUCGCUCAAUACCGACGCUUACGCGCGACCUGUCAUAUAUGUACAUUCAGCACAUUGCCUCUAUUAUACUUACGUGCGUACACAACGUGCGUAUGCACGGCGUAACAAUUAUGCGACCGUGGAAAUCCACCCUGAUCGAUUUCGCUGCUCUCUCCUGUCCAGUCUUAUUCCUUUCCGCACCCCGAGAAAAGACUUCCGCGAGGAGGAGCGCGGGCCCAUAAUAAUCGAGCCAAUUAGUUAUUAAGGUUGUUCAAAAGGUGGAUAGCGCUAUUCAAUUAUGGGCAAAUCGUUUUCCAGUGGAUAAGUAUUAGAGAAAACAAUUGUAAACUUGUACAUUUUGUUAUUUUGUUCCCCCUCCUAAGUUGACGAAUUGAAAAUAUAGUACAAAAAAAAAGCCUUAUGAUCUUUGAUAAAACAACAUUCAUCUUGAAAUUGUCAUUGUCAUUUCAGGGGGUACUCCAUACCUUGGGAUAACCUCCAAGAGGCUAUGUAGUUUACUUAAAUCUGGAUAUCGGAUGGAGAAACCCAACACGUGCAGUGAUGAAAUGUAAGUCAGAGUAGAAACAAUAAAAGACGCACCCGAAAAGAGGGCACGAUGAAGAAAUCUUUACACGGUCCUUCAAACAGUUUUUUUUUCUUUAUCGAAUAUUGUCAGCCUCUUCAAAGGAGUAGAAAGUACAGCACGCCUCUUUCCUUUACGUUGCCCCAUUCUAAAAAGAGCCUAGAACGUAACUGUCUCCAAUAUUAAAAGUAAAUGGAAACAUGAUAUCUUUGUGUGGUAGUACUUUAAACAAUGGCUUCCACUCUCAACAGAUACAAACUGAUGAUGGACUGCUGGAAGGAUGAUCCUAAUGAACGACCCUCAUUCUCUCAACUGAUUCCAAUACUAGAGGAGAUGAUGACAGAAGAUACCCCAUGCUAUUGUUUCAAACUGCUGGAUCAGAACCAGCCAUGUUACCGUGAAGCAUCUGCUACUAACACCAGUAAAAACUAG